GUGGUCGUUCUACCGCGGCGGUUCCUGCGGUGUGGCGUGCGUGUGCGAUCGUGUUCAUUCUAGCGGCCGGGCGGGGAGCGGCAAGGGUUCCGGGGACCCCAUCGCAUCGCACAGCAAAAACCACCAGCUCCAGAAUUGAUUUGAUUUAGUACCCGCCACUGUGCAUGCGGCAGCGUGAUUACCAUCAGAGUGCGACGAUGGCGGUAGUGGUAGCGAUAGUGUGUAACCGAUAGGUUGCUUGUUAAGUGCGGAUUUCGGACCUCGCAACCGUCAUGCGUGGUGUGGGUACGCAAGGUGCGCCAGCUUCCAGUGUUUUCGUGAAUUCCGCCACCGAAUACCGUUAGAGCGAGCGACCGUCGAGAUUGCGAGAGAGCUUCGACGAUGGGAGAUUGUGGUGGACGGGCGGGGAACAGCAACUCAUCGCCACUAAUCGUUACGCCGUCGGCCGCAGUGGUGGCACCUAGCACCAAGCAUACAGCCAGCGGUGGUGGGUCAGGUGUUGAGCAUAUCGAGUGUCCAUUGUGCUGGAAGUUGCCGCGGGAUCCAAGCCACUGCCCCAACUGUGCCCGCCAAUACUGCCUGCAGUGCAUUACCAAGUGGUUCGGCUCGAAGCGGGCGCACGGUGGAGCCGUCGAGUGUCCGAACUGUGAGGCGAAGCUAUCGCUGGAUAGUUUGGUACAAUGUUCCGAUGAUCUAGAUGAUGGACAGAGCGUAUCGAAUGGUGUACAGAAUGGUGGCGUUGAGUUGAUAACGCCUAAUGGACAUGAGGAUGAUGCGAAGCGAGUAGUACCCUUGCCCGGUUCCAAGGUUGCCGAUCCUGAUGAGGUGAUCCGUUCCAAAGUGAACGGCGUGACGGUGGCGCCAGUUGAAACUGGCACGCUACGGGUUGUGGUAAAAGUGCUCGAGAGUGAAGUGAAACCCUCGUCAUCGUCAUCGUCGUCGUCGUCGUCGUCGCCAUCGUCAUCGCCUGGCGAAGCAGCACUACAUACACCCGUAGCAAAUGGUUGCGGGUCGGAGAAGAUGCUCCACGGACCGGUUAAUGGCAAACAGCACGGCAAACGGAAGGAUCGAUCUCAGGUAAAUGCGAUACCGAACGGAAGUCCAGCAAGUCCUCCAACCGAGAAGCUCCUUGAUACGGAUGUAGUGAAGAAGGAAAAUGCUCCGGGUGAGAAUGGACGUAUUAAAGUGAAAACGUUGGUACCCGGUGCAAUCUGUAAUGGAGUUCACUUAGAAGAACCUCCAUCCUUGGGUGCCGCCAACCAGCCAACGACGACCGAGAAUGGCUUCAAACAUGGACAAUCCAACGGCAAGGGACGUAGGGUGCGGUUCGAAGAACCGAAAACCCCACGGAAGAACGGUUAUCGCAAGCGAGAGGAUGAACUGGAGGAUGGCAAAACUGAGUCCGUCAGCUCCACUGUCAAAGAGUUGUCUCUUCCGGUUCAGCCACGGGAUGAUCCAGCAAUAAUCGCUGAGCUGCCACGACAGAAUGGUGCUUCGAUCGUGGAAACAAACGCCCUGUGCAAUGGAGACAAUCUGUGCACGAUCCACGCACUGCCGGUGCUGUUCUUCUGCCUUUCCUGCAACGGUUGCAUCUGCGAGACCUGCGCGCUGCACGAUGACACGCAUGCCGAGCAUACGUUCAAAAAGAUCACCACCAUGUACGACAGUAAGGUGGAAAAGAUCCAGCACGAGUUCGGUGGCAUCAAGGAGUAUCUGGCCGAUGUUGGGUUGGUGCUGCGGGCGAUCGAACAGAACAUUGACUGGGUGCGUGGCUCGAAGGCUCGCAAACUGCAGGAGCUCAGCCAGCUGUUGCACACUGAGGCGGAGAAUAUCGAGCGGCAGAUACAGGCCAAGCUGACACUAUUGCAGCGCCAGAAGGAUGCGGUAUCGGCCGAGAUUGCACGCGUCACCGGUGCCUACCGGCGGCUGGAGAGUGAGCUAAAGACAUGCCCCAAACCGGAGUUGCUAUUCAAGGAUGACGAUUUUCUCCAGCGCUGUAGCAGGCUGAUCGAGGCACCCGUUGCCAAGAACUUUCGUCACGAACAUGUUCCUGUCGACCUGGAUUGUGAGUUCGUCCCGGAGUUUCGCUCGGAAGUGUUUGUCGUGAAGAACUACCAUGCGAUCGAGCCAAUGGACGAGUGUCGGACGUCGGAUGUAUUACGCGAUGUGGUGGGCUUCGGGUGGCGCUUGCACAUCUGGAAAAGCGAUCACCUAUCGGUAACGCUCAUUAUGACGGAUGGCAUUGACGGAAGAUACGAGUACUGCAUCGAACUGAUGCACGACGACCCUGCCAAAGCCAUUCGACUCACGCAGGUCGACCAUUUUGAGCUACAUCAAACGGGCCCGGUGCAUGAUUUGAUCGAAAAUGAGCAGCUCGAGGUGGAGGGGUUCCUGAGUGAGCUGGACGACUCGCUGCAGAUCAAGUUCUCCGUCCGUCCACCGACAAUCGUCAUGGUUAGCCGCUACCAGCAGGAAUUUAUCGACCGAUUCAUGAAGAACA